CCAAACUGCUGCACAUAUCAUCGCAUCGGGGAGAAGCGCAGGAUUUCCUGUGGCAUUGCUGAAGUGGACGCAUCCAAGUUUUACAUUCGAAGAAGUACCUAGCCCACUUUCACCAACGUCGAUUUAAUGUCUUAACCAAAACCAUCUCAUUCGUACGUGCUCAAGACUACACCUCGACGUAGUUAGUCUGCAAGAAGUCUUCGAAGAUGUCCGAAGCCACAGUGGCCGAUACUCGCCGGUUAAACUCCAAACCGCAGGAUCUGACGGACGCCUACGGCCCUCCCAGCAACUUUCUGGAAAUCGACGUGUACGACCCGCAGACUAUAGGAGUCGGUCGUAAUCGCUUCACCACCUACGAAGUCCGGAUGAGGACAAAUCUUCCCAUUUUUAAACUGAAGGAGUCGGUUGUCAGACGAAGAUACAGCGACUUCGAGUGGCUGAAGAACGAGCUGGAAAGAGACAGCAAGAUUGUUGUGCCUCCAUUGCCUGGAAAGGCAUUGAAGAGACAGCUCCCUUUCCGUGGAGAUGAGGGCAUUUUUGAGGAGUCCUUCAUUGAGGAGAGACGAGCUGGGCUGGAACAGUUCAUCAACAGAAUUGCAGGUCAUCCUUUGGCCCAGAACGAACGCUGUCUUCACAUGUUCCUGCAGGAUGAAAGUAUCGACCGGAACUACAUUCCUGGAAAAGUUUGAAUGAAGUUUUGGUAAACCCCUUCCCUUGUCCUGGAUCCGUCUGCUCUACCAGCUCUUUUCUGCACAUCAGUCAAAGCCUUUCACAGCUGCUGUCCCCUGAUAUCCUGUAUAUAUUUCUAUUCUCGAAUAGAACUAAACGACAGCAUCUGUUCCACCCUGAGGAUGAAACCAUCUCGAUGCUGUAUUUAUACCUCAAGCACUCUUUGUGGAAAGAACAAGCUUUUUUUGCUGACUUUAAACAUGUAUUGCUUUCUCAAAGAAUUGUGAUUGAAACAUUUAAGGCAACCCGUCAAUUUAUCUCCAAAGAAAUAAGUAGGAUUUGCUGUUAUGACAUUCCAUUUAAAGGUUAAGUAUGUACUUUGUGUCGUCUUGCAGAAUUACAGAAAGCAUACUUGCAAGCGCCCUUACACUCGCUGUCUUUUUGCAUUCAUUUUAAAGUGAUAGUUCACAGAAAAAAAAAUUGUCAGUAUUUACUCCCCUUUCAAUUGUUCCAGACCUGUUUGACAGACUUCUGUUAAACACAAAUUAUAUUUUGAAGCAAGCUGGAAACCAGUAACCACUGACUUAAAUAGUAUUUCCUUUUCAGAUUGUGUAUGUCAGGUUACCAGUUUCCAACAUUCUUCUAAAUAUCUUUGUUGUCAGCAGAUUUAAAAAAAGACUCAUGAAUGUUUGGAACCAUGUGAUUAAAUAGUGAGUCAAUUUAAUUUUUAGGUGAACUAUUAUACAUAUUGUUAAACUGUUGUGGCUAGAAGGGAUACAGCUGUGGCUGGAAGUAUUUUUUUUCUUUUACUUUUUGAAAACCCUGUUAAAUUGUGUUUUAUUACUCCUCACUGUAAUGUAUAAACAGUAAUUAUUGUUGUACAGUGUCACAAACUUUAUGCUGUAUUGGUGUGCGCAUGCCAAGUAGCCGCAGAUGUAUCCCAUCUAGAAGUUACCAUUUUAAAGGGGCUAUUAUUUGACGAUAACUUGACUUUAGCUAACCUGUCAAGUUCAGCACCUCAUUUGAAAGACAAACAUUCCCUCAAAUUGCUCCAUCUUGUAAAAGCACUGCAAUUGUUUGCCCUUUGUUUUACUCUCUUGUCCGUCUCUGUAUUUCGACAAGUCUUGAGUUUUGCUUUUCACUUCCAUAAGCAAAUCUGUAAUGAAUUUCUCAUGUUACCGAUCACUAAACACCCUCUGGCUCAGCCUGCUUUACAGUAGCCACGCCCCAACCUCUUUCAGUUGGUUGAGCUGGAAAGUGAUUGACAGAUUUGUGUGAAGACUCUCAAUUAAAUAUGACUUUUACAAUAAUAAGGUUAAAAAAAUAGGUCAAAAAUCUUAUUGGCUUCACCCUUAUGGAUUAAUAGGGGAUAUGCUUAAAGAUUUUUAGUUUUCAGUAACCGAGUUCAAGAACUUUCAGUGAACUGUUGUCCCGUUACAAAAUCCAAGCGUUUAAGGUCUGUUUUCUUUAAAAAUCAAUGAUCUUCACUGCCUGAUUGAUAUACGAUAUAAAGUGGGUCUCUGAAUGUACAAGAAGCACUGCAUUAAAUUCCAUUGUUCUGCGCCAUGUCAUUAAAAAUUGAAAAUUGAAUUUACCCCAGUAUUUUCAAUGGCGUUUCUGUGCUCGCCUGCUGCUCCUGAUUGCGCUUGCUUUCAAACGGCUUUUCAUCUCGUUUUACGAUAUAACAAUUAUAUAAAUGCUUAAGUCUAUUUAACUGAUUAUAUUUUAAUUAGGCCUACAUUACAACACUGAUGCUGUAAAAAGAAAGGAUGAAAUUGAAAAUAAUCACAUUUACCUUUCUUAGGAAGUUUAUCGGUAGGGUGAAAAACACUUGCUGUGCAUUUACCUUACUGAAUCAAGCUUUAAAGGGAAACUGUCCAAAACAUUACAAAAACAUUCUAAAAACCAUUAGCGUCAAUGUGAAAUCAAAAUGUACAAUGUUUUUGUUACCACACACUGUUAUUGUUUAGGUGAACAAUUAAUAAGUCAAUCCACAAAAAAAAAAAACUGUUCCCUCAUAGCAAACUAACGGUAAAUAGAGGUGUGAUUAAGACCUUUGUCACUGAAGUCAUCAAGGUCAAUAGAGACAAACCAUUAUUGCAAAUGUUGAGCAGGGUGGGGCCAAGCUGGAGUCUCUCUGAUUUUCCAGGCUCUGCAAUGGUUUGGGAAAUUCCAAAUUGAACCAAAACAAAUGGUUAAAAUUGGCUUAAGAUUGGCAAAUAAAAUUUGGAAAAUGCAUCAACCAGCUUUGAAUUAAAAAAAAAUUAAUAAAUAAAUAUCAUGGAAGCAAAUGGUCAGACUUUAAAGAUUACCAAAACAAACUUUUGCACUAAUUAAUUGUGCACCUAGAAUAACAAGUUGUGAAUUUUGAUUUCACACAGACUAUAAAAUGACACAAACUCACCAAAUGUAGCACUUCAAAUAUAAAACUGAUUGCCUCUCGACAAUGUCUUCCUUUACAUUCCGUAUUUCAAACCUUUUUGACUCUUAAGUGUGUUAGAGUAAAGCUUCGCAAACAUCUUUGACUGUAUUUUUGUUGGUUUGGUGUCAGUGUAUGAGUCCAGCUUGGGGAAUGUACAUAUUCUUUCACUGUGAAAACUGAAUUCCAUUAUGAAACACAAUGUGUCACGUUUGCCGUUAUGUUUCUGAAUGCCAUCUCUUUAACUGAGUUCUCUUUUGUUUAUUGGUUUUUUUAUUUGUUUGUUUUUUUCUGGCUAUUACUUUCCUGGUUAUUUUCAGGACUGUGUGUAAAGAAAAGGGCACUGAUUGGUUUUUAAACAGAUAGUCAUUCUUUAUACUCAUGAAUAAACCCUCUCUGUCUGCUUCAGUGUAUUCCCUCAUUCUGUUCUAUAAGGCCAUGUUAUAUAGUUUAAAAAAUAAAUGGGUAAAAUACCAAAAAA